AUGAGUGCUCAAGUUAUUUCCUAUCCGCUUCUGGGCCAGACCACAGUUAUUGCUGAGAACCAGAUUAACGUCACAGUUGUGUUAUUUCCGCAGGACGAUGAAGAAACCAACUGGGAAGUAGCACUGUGGUAUGGCUCGAAGGGUAUGAGCUGGAAUCAGCUUGAUCUCACCCGAAGUGAUGAUAAUAUACCAAUACUUGCUGCAGACCCUGAGACCUCAGUUUUGGUUUUUUCAAACACUCUACAACAGAAAUCAUUUAAUGAACAACAUAUUUGUUAUACCAUCAAGUACAGAAGAAGCGGAGAGUCAUCCUGGAGGUGGGUGAAUGAUGAUCCCAAUCCUGUUGGUGAUGCAGAGAUCAUUUUCCAGAAAUCACCAGCUACUUUACAGUUGUCUUCUAUCAAGGAAUAUAUCUCCAACUUAUCAGCUGAUCUUCAUGUCAAGUAUCAUGGACAGCAUGAAGCAUCUGAUUCGCCCGUAUGGACUUUGACGUGCCCGAUACCUGCUUCUGUCACUUCAGCUACCGAACCAAGUGUUCAACGAACUACCAUUGGGUUCCCAAAGGAUAUUGUUCAAUAUUUUGCACUCGUCAAACGAAUGAAUUUCUGGCUAGUACCACGUCAUGGCGGAUCCAAAUUUGAAUUGGGCGAAGAUGAUUGUCAAUUCUACACCGAAGAUGCGGAACCAAAAGCGAUUCUGGUAUCCUUUCUAAGAAGUGAUGGAAUGAACUUUGUGAUGCUUGCGCUAAGUAUGAAUGGUGUUGUAACGACAUUGACAUCUGGUGAGAAUGGUAGUAUCACUUUUAUAGGAAAGAAUGAGAAUGAAGAGGCAAGAGAUGGAAUUGUUAUCUGUGCCGUAGGAAAAACUGUAGAGGAGGGUAUCACAGCUGCAAUGAGCCAUGCAAAAAGGGUUGUUCGGGAAAGCUUGAACACAGAGCCUAUUACGAGUGGAAGGGUCACAAAAUCUCUAGAUCCUAACGACAAGAAAAGUUUCCACGACGAGCUAGUAUAUUGUACAUGGAAUUCUCUAGGUCCUACCUUGACAUCUACUACUCUCUUUGGCACACUUGACGAUCUGGGAAAAUCAUCAAUCUACCCAUCUACAACUAUCAUAGACGAUGGAUGGCAAUCCAUAACCCCUUUCGGCUCCGAAACUUUCCCAAAUCAACAUCGUUGGUCAAGAUUCGAGGCUUUAUUAACAUCCUUCCCAGAAGGUCUUGCCAAUCUCUCACUACGGAUUAGACAAUCCUAUCCAUGGAUCAGAAACAUUGGAGUUUGGCACGGCAUCUUUGGUUAUUGGGGAGGUAUUGAGCCCGAGAGUGAGAUCGGAAGGAAGUAUAAGUUGCGAUGGGUAGAAAUCAAUAAUUCACGGCGUAGCGGAAUGUGGGUUGUAGAUGCUUGCGAUGUGAGAAGAUUCUAUGACGACUUUUAUUCAUUUCUCGUCAGCUGUGGUAUAAAUGCGGUCAAACUGGACACUCAAGGAUUACUAGAUGAUCUGAAAAAUGCUGAAGACAGAAGAGAAUUAAUACCAGCCUAUCAAAACGCAAUCCACGACUCACUACUUUUUUAUUUCAAAGACAGAGUAAUAUCAUGCAUGUCCCAAUAUCCUACCAAUAUUUUCUCUCCUCAAACAUUACUCUCCUCAUCAACCCAUCCCGCAAAGAAAAUAGCCAUGCGCAACUCCGAUGAUUUCUGGCCCAACGAUCCCGCUACUCAUGCUUGGCACAUCCACACCAACUCACACACCUCACACCUAACCACGCAUCUCGAAAACAUAAUCCCAGAUUGGGAUAUGUUUCAAACCUCCUCCCAAUCCCCACUACUCCACCUACCACGCCGCCGCACGCUCUCUCUCCGGCGGUCUCCUAUCCAUAACCGAUAA